UAGUCGCAUCGUUGUUCAUGCAAAAAUAUAAUAUGAUAUGGCCCAAAAACCAAAACCAUAAACAUGAAUUGACAGCACAACCCUUCCAUUUCACUACUGCAUUCAAAACUCAGGCGCUCAAACCAACAUUUGAAAUCUAACCCACAUUCAAACCCUUUCUAGUUUCUUCCCCAUCUCACCUCACAUUAAUCCAACCUCAAUCUUUAUACAUGGGUUGUACUUCAUCUCAACUACUCAACCAAGAUGAUGAUUUCACUCACCACAUUGUCUCACUCACCUCCACCACUUAUGGCCUUCUAACCCUAGACCCAUCAUCCUCCCCCACCACCCUACCCCCCACCCCCCAUCCCCGGUUCACCUUCUCUGAACCGCCACAACCUGAAGUCAUUAACUCAUGGGAGCUCAUGGCUGGUCUUGGUUCCACCCCAGAAAGCUUUCAUUUUUCCCCACAACCCUCUAGACCAUCCCCUUUUAGAUACCCAUUUCAAGAAAACUCAAACCCUGAUCAUAAAAAUCCAAUUUUUAUUAAACCGGUUGAUUCUAAACCGGUUUUGUUUGAUGGGUUUGAAGAACUUUGCACACCAAAAGGGGGAAAUACUCAUAAAAAUCCAAUCUUUACCAAAUUAGUGGAUUCUAAACCGGUUUUCUUGGAUGGGUUUGAAGAAGUUUGCUCAUCAAAGGGGGAAAAUAAUCAUGAAGAUUCAAUCUUUGUAAAACCAGUGGCUUCUGAACCGGAAAUCUUGGAUGGGUUUGAAGAAAUUUGCUCACCAAAUGGGGAAAACAAUCAUAAAGAUUCAAUCUUUACCGAAUCAGUGGAUUUUAAACCGGAAAUCUUGGAUGGGUUUGAAGAGCUCUGCCCACCAAAGGGGGAAAACAAGGUGGUGAUCUAUACGACGUCGUUGAGAGGUGUAAGGAAGACAUUUGAGGCGUGUAAUGCGGUGAGGGCGGUUCUUGAGGGGUUCAGGGUGAUGUUUAGCGAGCGAGAUGUAUCGAUGGAUCGUGGUUUUAGGGAGGAGCUUUGGGAGCUAAUGAAGGGGAAGGAUAAGAGUGAAUUGGUUCCACCAAGAGUGUUUGUGAAGGGGAGAUAUGUGGGUGGGUCUGAUGAGGUUUUGAGGAUUGUUGAAGAGGGGUGUUUGGGUCAGUUGCUUGAUGGGUUGCCUAAGUUGAAAGCAGGGUAUGUGUGUGAGACUUGUGGUGGUGCAAGAUUCUUGCCAUGUUGUAGUUGUAAUGGAAGUUGUAAAGUGGUAAUGGAUGGGGAUCAGUUUGGGGAAACUGUGACUGUGAAAUGUACAGAUUGUAAUGAGAAUGGGCUUGUUAGGUGUCCCGUUUGUAGUUGAUCGUUUUUCGGAUUGUAUUUUCGCAAAAAUCUUUUAUUAUAGGAUGACAGUUGAUAAAUAAAUUCUAGAUUAACAUUUUGUAUGAGUUA